GUCAUGUCAACCGCAAAACCGUGAUUGGCAACACUGACAUUUAGAUACAAUUACGGUCUAAGUGCAAUACUUUAUUUUUUGUGUAAAAUUCUAAAAUGUAUACUGUCUCGAAAGGACCUAGCAAGAUUGUAGCAAAAACUAGAAGAGGUCUAUCACAAAAUUUAGAAAGACUAGACAGCCGCAAAGACCACAACAGAAGGUCUUCAGAAUCAGACAAUGGAGAUGUUAUUAACAUGCCCAAACCAGUAUUCCAUUCCAAUGGUAAAAAGACAGUACAUCAGAGAAUACAGCAUCAUGUUAUAACCCCGCAGCAUGAAGAAAUUAUAAGAUAUAUCAGUGAAACCUGGACACAAACAGCUAAUGGAGAUAGUGAACCGUCAACACCUACAAGUACAAUAGGAUCAGGUAGUUCAUCACCAGCUCCAGAGAAUCUUUACUAUCAAGACGAGGCACCUAGUGCAGUCCUUCACGACUUCAAACCUUUUGACCUUGAAACAUGGUGGGGCAAGCGACUCUUCCAAAACAUCACCAGCUCACUCUGAGAUCCAAUCUUCAUCAUACUAAGAAUGGGAACAUGAAAUUAUACCAUAGCAGUAAGUCACAAUCAAUUGCAGUUUACUAAAUUUUAUAAAUACAAUACAAAAAUAUAUUUUUUAUGAUACCAUUUUUGCGAUUACAAUCUCGCAACGCUUUAUCUAAUAUUUAACAGAUUUUAAAUGCAUUUGAUAUUUACAAAGGCCAUAUUUAAAAGACAUUUUAGUAUUAGUUGAUUGUUAUAGUCUAAGAGCUAGUAAAGUUAUAUCUUAAACACUCCGUUGAACUUUAUAAUAUCAAACUAUGCGGGUUUCCACAAUAAUUUGUGGGGAGCAAUAUUUAUAACUAUUC